UGUAGGGCUCCAAGGGUUCUGGAAUACGGCAAUAGAACUAUUUUUCUUCACUUUAGAGCGCGUUACUUUUCGUCUUUUCACCAAAAUACUGAAGUGGUUUUAGUGUGUUGACUGGAAGCAUAAAAAAUGAUUUGUCACAUAAGUAAGCACGGACGCUGCUUAGUUCUAGCCUAUGUACCUCUUUGCUUUCAUUAUCAGAAGAUUGAAGCAGUGCAUCCCAGAAGACUGCGGAUUAAAGAAGUGAGAGAUUCGGUUAAGAAAUUUGUUCAUUUUGUCGGGGAUUUGGCAGAUGAUAAGCCACACACUGCAUACGAUUUCAGAGUAAUGAUCGAUCAAGAUAAAGCAGAGUGCUUCAUGCAAGAAGUUGAAAGCUCUACAGAGUUAAUUUUCAAUUUCCAGGCUUUAUCGCCACCGACGUUUACUUCGGAUAGAAAAAUAUCAGCUUUCCUGUAUAUUUUAGAGGAUGAUACAAUGGUCAACGAGACGAACAACGUGAGAAGGGGUCAUUUCGAGUUGUUUGCGGACAAACAGGCAACAUACGGGAUCUGUUUUAUCAACACACAGUCAAAUGGUCUCAUACUUACACAAAUAUCCUUGGAUAUAUAUUGA